AUGGUGUUGGCGUCGCCUCUCCCAGCCAGCGCAUGUUCAUCUUCCUCCCCACCCUCCUUCCCUGGUGCAGGCGCAGGGAGCAGUUCCCUGGCCAAGCUCCAUUCCAGCAGGGACGCCCAGGUCCCGACGGCCCCUGCGGCGAGCUCCUUCCUCCAAGAUGGACGCCAGCCGAGCUCCCCUUCCGGUCGCCGCUCCUCCCUGCGAGCUACCUCCUCCCAGGCUUCUCUUGCGCAGCGGGACAAGCUCCCAUGGGCGCCCCCCCUUCAGGCUUGGCAGCAGGAACAGCGCCCAUCCCUCCCACUGCUGUUCUUCUCCUAUGGCGUGCUCCCCUUCCUCCCCUCGGCCAGCAAUGGCACGACGCCCCCUGCUCCUACUCUCUCGCGCGGCAGCAACUCCCAUGGACGCCCAGAUUUUUUUUUCAGUGCCCUGUUCAUCUUCCUCCCAGCAGCAGCAGUCCCUGCGCAGCUCCAUUUUCGCCCAUGGCCGAGGCCCAUUCCUCCAUGGCCGCCCAGCUCCCUAUCUAGAGCGCCCAGAAAUUUCCAGCAGCGAGCUCCUCCCUUGCGUUGCUGUCGGACGUCCCUGCUACUACCUUGCUCCCUCGUCGCGCAGCGAGCUCCAUCGCCGACCUGCGCAGCAAGCUGCGCGCUGCAGCAGCACCGCUCUUCGCCUUGCAUCGUCAUCGAACUUCGCUGCUGUUUUUCCCCCAUGACCAGCACCCCUGCAGCAGCCCCAGCCCGCUCGACCCUCCACUCCACAGCGCCGUCGUUGCCCCUGCCUAAGCGCCGUCCAAAUUCCUGCAGCAAGCCUCACCCAGCAACGCCCAGUGGCGGCAUGGUGCUUCGCCUCGCGCUUGCGUGCUCGACGAAUCGCCGCAGCGAGCCACGCCCUCCGACGUCGUUUCGGUCUCCCGUGCGCGACGGCGCGUUCGUCUUCACGCCACAUGUGCAGCAACCACGACUGAGGUUUGAUAUGGACCGAGAGAUGAUGAUCAAGCCAGUGAUGUGGUGCCAACCACAAGACGCAGUUGGUGAACGACCUGAAGAAUGGACUUAA